GAGUUUUGUUAUUAACAUAAUUGUCGCUGCAGUGUGUUAUAUCAGUGAUUAAAUAGACAGGAAAACUUCUUCCGAGAUAUUCCCGAUAUACUUCCGGUUGUCAACGAGGCGCCUUCAAUGCCAGACCUAUAUAUACAUACAUAUAACAAAGUCCCCUGUGAUCAUUCUCUCCUCCGUGGUACUAUCAUCAAAGGACAGCGUCAGUUUCUGUUAAUGUGACAGUGCCGCCAGAGGUCGUUACGAGUCACUAUGUGGAUCCAGCACACGGUUUCUGAUUACCUGUACCAGAUAGUUCUGGUGUCGACAGUGUUCUUCCUUGGGCGAUAUUACAUUGGGUGGAGGCGCUGGUCAAAUGUGCCACCGGGACCACAGCCACUGCCCUUCUUAGGAAACAUUGAUUACUUCAAAUCAAACGAUCAGCUACAAACCUUUCGGAAACUAAGAAAGAUUUUUGGGGACGUAUUCAGUCUUCGUUUUGGCGGUAAUUUAUUCAUCGUUUUCAAUGGUUACGAAGCUUUGAAAGAAGCAUUUGUUAGAAAUGGCGAUAUUUUCUCGGACAGACCAAAAACGUACAUCAUGGAGCAGAUAUCCCGAGGCAGAGGUAUAUCCGGUAGUUCGGGAGCUUUCUGGAAAGAGACUAGGGCGUUCACUAUCCGCGCUCUCCGAGAGUUCGGGUUUGGAAAACAGUCCAUGGAAUCAAAGCUUAUGGAAGAAGUUGAUGCCUUUUUAGCUGUUAUAGGGAACACAAACGGCGAACCAUUUGACAUCAGGAAUACAAGUUAUACAAGUGUGUCUAAUGUUAUCUGCAGUCUCAUAUUUGGUCGUAGAUUCGAACACGGCGACAAGACGUUCGAAAGUGUACUAGACCUAUUAGACCAGAACUUCAAACUUGCUGGACAAACCGGUAUUCUUGGUAUUUUCCCUAUUUUAAGAUUUUUGCCGGGAGACCUUUUUGGGGCAAAACGACUGAUAAAGAAUAGUGGUAAGAUAAGGAAAUUUUUCCUCGAUCAGAUCCAAUGUCACCGAGCAAACUUCGAUGAAACAAACAUCCACGAUUUUACUGAUGCAUUUUUGAAAGAGCAGAGAAAACACUUAGGCGACACCAGCACCAUUUUUACAGACAACAACCUCACAACAUUAAUCGGAAAUGUGUUUUCUGCUGGAACGGAAACAACGGCGACAGGCAUCCGAUGGGCGGUUCUCUACCUUCUGCAUUAUAGAGACAUACAGGACAGACUGAGACAGGAAAUAGAUCAAGUCAUCGGGAGGUCUCGGAUGCCUUCCAUCUCCGAUAAACAAAACAUGCCCUUUUUCGAAGCGUUCAUCGUUGAAGUCUUACGCCAUGCCAAUAUAGCUCCACUUGCCCUGCCGCAUGGAUCUGCAUGUGACACGAUGUUUAGAGGGUUCUUCAUUCCACGUGGUUCAAUACUAGUCCCAAACCUUGAUUCUAUCUUGAAUGACCCCAAAUUGUUCAGUUGCCCGGAAACGUUCUGUCCUUCACGGUUUAUUGAUGACGAUGGAAAACUCACGGGAUGUGAUAAGGUCACGGCCUUUUCUGUUGGAAGGAGACUGUGCCCUGGUGAGAGUUUGGCAAAAAUGGAGCUUUUCUUAUUCCUGACUUCUCUGAUUCAGAACUUCCGGUUGCUGCCUGAAGACCCGACGUGUCUACCAUCUUUACAGGGAAUUGUGGGAAUGACUAAAACCCCUAAACCUUUUAAAUUACGUGCAAUUAAGUUAUAGAUGUAGGUUUGUGAUGCAUUUUAAGACAAGUUGUCUAUAAAUACAAAGGGUUUUAUUUUUUAAAUAUAUUGGUAAUGACAUCAGGUCAUUGUGAAAAAUAUCAGCCUCGUGUUCUUGAGGACUGCAACUGGACGUCUUAAAAAAACAAUGUUGUUUGUACAUAUACAAGAAUGUUGUCUGUUCAAACCGAGUGUCAAAUAAGAUAUGAAGCGAGGAAUAGAUACAUCCUUACUGAUUUUUUCUAAAACAUAUUUUUAUAUUUUAUUUCUAAGACAGUCAUAUUUUUUUUUUUAAAGUUUUAUUGAUAUCAGAUGUGAAAAAGCCGGUUUAUAAAGAGUUCGAAACGAAAAUCUAUCUCUUUGUCCCUAGUCACGUUUGUUUAUAUUUUGAGCAAUGGGAAAUAUCUGUAAUGAAAGAUUAAUUCAACUAUGUUUUACAACAUACAUUGCAAUAUCUAAGCAUUGUAAUUGAAGGAUGGGACAUACAUGUUGAUAAGUAAGAUAAACCCCGUUUCUAUGUUCUUAAACAAGAUAUGUACUUGACUAAAUCUAUUCAUCUAAAGGAGACAUGCUGUACCGUAACAGUAUUUACUUUAGCGGACUCGAAUUUUAGCGAAUUAUCAAAUUUCAACAGAUAAGCGCGUCGCAGAAUUAGCAUCACUUUAAACAAAAGCAAACUAUAAACAGGAAGAAGCUCACAUAUGAUUUAGCGCAAGAUAUCAAAGGUGAAAUGACUAAAAUUAGAAUACCGCUAAAAUAUGUACACUGACAAUAACCUAAACAGUGUUUGAAAUGUAGAUCCAGCCAAUAGCAACUGGGGUUUCGUCGUCGAUGUCUAUCUCUAUCUAUGACGAAACCUACGUGGUGAUUGGACAAUGAAGAUUAAGAUAAUACCAAUUUUAACGACUGUAAGUCAAUAGCUGACAUACCAGUGUCCUUGUUGUAUGAACCCGAUGAUCCAGAUCACCAGUGACCGUUAGUAAUGCAUGAACAAGUAAAUAAUGAUAAAACUGAAGAAAUAAGUAAAAUGAAAUGUUAUAAAAAAAAACCAUUUUAAUUCAUUAAAAUCACAAGAAUGCCAAUAAGAAUAAGUUUUAGUGGUCCUUCAUCGUACAAAUAUAUAAGCUUUAUGCUGAAGGAUGGUGAGCAAUAUUGAAUAUCUAUUUUUAUGCUGAAGGAUGGUGAGCAAUAUUGAAUAUCUAACUUUAUGCUGAAGGAUGGUGAGCAAUAUUGAAUAUCUAUCUUUAUGCUGAAGGGUGGGGAGCAAUAUUGAAUAUCAAUCUUGAUGCUGAAGGAUGUUGAGCAAUUUUAAACAUAUAUCGUUAUGCUGAAGGGUGGGAUGAAUAUUGAAUAAAUAUAUCAUUUUUUA